GGUUGAUUUCUUCACGCUUGAGCCCGUCUGCUAGAGAUUGCGAUAGUGGAACACAUAUUAUAUUGGUUUCUCCUCUUGUUUGUUACUCGAAGCUAUUUAGCUCAACAGCAACAAAAAUGUCUAUUAAGCGUUUAUCGCUUCUCCUAUGUCCGACACAAUUACAAGGUUCCUUCUGCUGUAGGACCAGAUACAUGAGCCAAAAUUCCAAGACAAAUGCCAACACCAUGAAUGUUUUUGACCGUUUGGCAAAGAAAUUACAGAGAGAUCGGACCACUUUAAAUGAGGAUCAUCACAAAUAUAAUUACAUCAAGGAUGAAGUUGGUUACAGAUUAUCAGAUCGAGUGUAUGACAUCAACAGAAAAUUCAAAGCAGGGUUGGAUCUUGGUUGUGGAUAUGGACAUCUUAGCAAACAUUUAACACAGGAUGCUGUAGAUGAGUUAGUCAUGUGCGAUCAUUCAGCGCUUGUUUUGGAGAAAGCAUUUACACCGGAAGACACAACCAUAAACUGUCAGAAAAUAGUUGCGGACGAAGAAUCUCUGCCUUUUGAACCAGAAAGCUUUAACCUAAUUGUAAGCAGCUUAAGUCUACACUGGGUAAAUCAGUUACCCCAAACUUUCUCCCAAAUUAUGAAAUGUCUGCGGCCUGACGGUGUAUUUAUUGGCGCCAUUUUUGGAGGUGAUACUUUAUACGAACUAAGGGGUUCGCUACAGCUGGGAGAGACAGAACGGGAAGGGGGCUUUGCUGCACAUGUCUCGCCUUUUGCAGCCAUACGGGACGUCGGUGGGCUGCUAAACGGUGCUGGUUUCACCAUGCUAACUAUCGACACCGAUGAAAUACGGGUGGGAUACCCUUCUAUGUUCGAACUGAUGGACGACCUUAAAGGAAUGGGUGAAAACAACGCGUCAUGGAUCCGUAAGCUGCAUUUGCACCGGGAUACGAUGUUUGCAGCAUCCGCCAUUUAUAAAGAACUCUACGGAAACGAAGACGGAUCUAUUCCAGCAACAUUUCAGAUUAUCUACCUAAUUGGGUGGAAACCCGAUCCUUCGCAGCCUAAACCGCUUGAGCGCGGUACUGGACAAAUCUCAAUUAAAGACCUAUACCGGCUCGAUGAAAUGGUAAAAAACGCUACGGAAGACAUGGUUAAUAAAACGGCUAAAGAAAUUCCUUACCCUUUGGAUGACGAUGAUGGCAAAAAGAGAUAAUGUGUUAUUGUUAUUGAUUUAUUAGUUUCACAAUAAAGCCUUCCAUAGUCAA